GUCAGGGGUCUGAGUCUACGUGGUGAGGUUUGGAACCACGAACCCGGUUGUACACUUCUCACCAUGGUGGACCUGCGUAGUGGGAAGAGCACUAGCCCCUAUACCGCUGAGCAGCAAGAAAAGAUGGCCACCUUAACCAAAGAGAAUAAGGAGAGGAAAGAGCGUGAGAAGCAGGCGAAGCUAAAGGCUAUCGCAGACGAGCGGGCGGCGAAGCUGAAGGAAGUGGAGGAGGAGAUGAAGAAGAAGGAGCAGGCUGCUGAAGAAGAAGCGGCAGCAGAAGAGGCAAAAGAAAUGAUGAGGAUUGAAAGCGGAGAAGGAAGUAGUGGCACGAAGAAGGACACAGACGCGGAGAUUGAAAAGAAGAUCGGCGAGUGGGUUGCUAACUUAUCGUUGGGGGAAGACGAAGAGGCGGAGUCAUACGUGAAUGAGGAUGAGAAGGCCGCAUUGGCCGCUGAGCUAGCAACCAUGACGGAUCCUAUGGAGCGAAGAGAGCGGGAAGACGAGCAAAAGUUGCAGUGGAAGCUGAGGAUGAAGAGGGAGAAGAGGAGGAGGAGAGAAGAGGUGAACAAGAUGACCGCAGCAAUGGCAAAAGUGCAGGAGUGUAGAGCGGAGGUAUUGGCCCAGCCAGAUGAUAAGGCCAAAUGGGACAAAGUACUGGGCUACCUAGAAGUGUUGAGUAAGGCCUGGAUGGAGGAGCGCCAGGCUAGUUGGAGUCAGGAUGUAGCGUUGAGUGCCAUGCGGUCAGGAUUUAGAGAGUUUGCACGCGAGAUCGUCACCCACAUUGGGGGCGAAGUGAAACAGUUGAGGGACAACGUAGGGAAGUACUGCAAAGGCGCCAUUGAGGGUGCCAAAGCCAUAGCUGCUGCAGAGGGCGAAGGUAGACCCCGCAAAGAGCCUGUAAUGCUCAAGUUUCCAGACGCGUACGGGGGUAAGAAGGAGGAAAACUUUGACAACUGGGAGGCCAGUGACAACUGGGAGGCCGGUUGUGAAAACAACCUGGUUGCAUAUUCCAAAGUCACUCCUCUUUCCCAAUUCCUCAAGUUCCUCAAGGAGCGGUUCGCUGACCCAACACGAGGCAUUAGAGCCUCUGAUAAGCUUCAAACGAUCCACUCCCGACAGUGGAGGAGUGCCAAGGCACUCAAGGGUACCAUGGACGACUUGGUAGCCGUCCCGGACCACGGGGUCACUGAGCCCCAGCUGGUCCAGUUCUUCGGUUUCGGAGGACAUCCCUUGCAUAUUGGUCUUGGAACCGGCAUUUCGUUGUGGUCAACGAUGUCGUCGAUGUCGACCUCUCCAUCCAUGGUUGGGGGCAGCAUUGAGCGACGAGAGGGAAACUGAUCUGUUUCCAUGGAAGGUGCGGGUUUGGAAGCGUGAAACACAGGCUGCGGCCUUUCCACAAUUCACUAGUAAAUCGCACAUCACAGU